AUGCAGGAAGAAAGUGACACCGAUCUUGAGGAUCAACUUUCCCAUGAGUACCAGCCGUUUGAAUUCAUUCCACAAGGGCUUGAUCACAAAUACGAAAUUCCCAACAAUGAUAAAUCGUUUCAAUUCAUUCCAAAAGGUUUUGAUUGCAAAGACGAGCUACAGGACAAUGAUGAAUUGUUAGAAUCCAGUUCUGAAAUUUUUGACAAAAAACCCGUCCAAAGAUGGCGAUCAAAGGCGGUAUCAGACAGCUCAAUUUCUGAAGAAUCAUCAUCAAAGGACGGACUUCAGGACAACAAUGAAUUGUUUGGUAUCAGUCCAGAAAGUUUUAAUGAAAAACCUAUUCGAAGCAGGGGAUCCAAGAGGAAAUCAGACAGGCCCAUUUAUGAAGAACUUUUGUCAGAGAAAAAUCCUUGCAAAAAGGCAAGACAUGCGAGCGCUGAAGAAAUAGAAGUCUCCAAACAACCAGAGAGUUUGACAAUUUCAAAGGAUCCUUUUCUUUGCUACGUCCAUCCCCAAUGGAUCAGGCAAUAUAUAAUAGGUUAUACAAAUCCUGUAGGUGAUGGGAACUGUGGUUACAGAUCAGUGGCUGCAGGUUUGGGUAAGAAUGAAAAAGACUGGGUGGAAAUCAAGAAAGACAUGGUCAAAGAGCUGGAACGGAACAGGGAAACAUAUAGUCAGAAGAAUUAUUCUGGUUCUGUUUUCUAUAAACAUUCAUUUGAAAAGUUCAGAGACUUACUCGAGGAUACAGAUUCACCUGUUGGAAAAGAAAGGUGGUUGGAAUUUCCAGCUCAUGCAUACAUAUUGGCUAAUGCAUACCAAAGGCCCAUAAUCCUAUUUUCUGCUCUUCAACCUCUAACUUUUUUCCCUACUCUUCACCCCCCCAAUGAUAACAAACCCAUCUUCAUUUGUCUUUUAAAUGCUCUCAAUCAUUUCAUAUCUGUUGAUCUCUUACCCCACUUUCCUGCACCCCCUCUGUAUCCUCCAUGGAAUAUAAAUAGAAGACAGGAAGCGGAUACAUGGGUGGAUAAAUUUCAAAAAAAUUUAGAUUUUGGUCAAAAGCUUUUUAAUUCUGGGGUUAAGGAGAGUACAAAUAGCUCUAGAGUUCCACUUGUAAUUGGAGAUUCAGAUUAG